AUGGCCAUUCGCCAAAUUCUGAGACGAUCUUUGUGGGAUUUCCAUCACAGCCUAGCUCACGUGUUAAGGAUCACAAAGGAAAAAAUCAUUAAUUCUUACAACAAAAACAAUGUGGCCAUUCGCCAAAUGCUGAGACGAAUAUUAUCCAACGAGAGGAGAUCAGCUGAGGUUCCAAAGGGGCAUUGUGCUGUCUACGUUGGAGAGAAUGAGAAGAGACGGUUUGUUAUCCCUGCAUCGUACUUGAACCACCGCUCCUUUCAAGAACUGCUGCUCCAAGCCGAGGAAGAAUUCGGGUUCCAUCACCCAACCGGAGGUCUCACCAUCCCUUGCAGCGAGGAUUUGUUCCUCGAUCUAACAUCCCAAUUGAGCAUAGCAUGAGGAUCACAUUUUUACAACUAUUUUUUAGAACUAGAAACGUAAAUACUCUUUCAGUAGGAAAACAUAUGUAAAGAUUACUGAUUCAUUUUUGGAGAUCAAUUUUUAGUAUGAGAAGCUUUGAUUUCAACUGUUACAA